AUGGCUAUGCCAUGUCCACAUCCGCUGGCAGCUAGGGCCAACCCUUUUCCACAUUCUCAGCAGCAUCUGUUAACACCUGAACUUUAUGAACAACCACUCAUUCCUCGCAGAAGAAUAACCAUGGAGCAGGAAAAUGAGCCACACAUGAUCUUUCACCUGAUCGAGAUUCUUGGGCAAAUCCUCUUGGAAACACAUACACGAACCCUGUUAACCUCCGCUCAGCUCGUGUGUCACAAAUGGCACAAGGUCAUCAAGUGGUCGCCUCGUAUCCAGAGCGCGCUCUUCUUCAACCCGUCCAUGAACCUGCAUCAUCCAAGGAUCAAGAACCCAUUUGUUAGUGAAAUUCUUUUCCAGUUCGCUGCACACACGGCGGAACCUUGUUUGCUUCGUCCAGAGGCCAGCUGGCGCAGGAUGCUGCCACAGCAGCCGCCCGUGUCGUUUAUCAAAAUACGCCACGCGCACUCAGAGGACGACAAUGACGUGGUGGAGACUACGCCGGUUGAGGAAUUACGGAUGCAACAUCUUGCCGAUGCGAUGGGAUCUUAUGAGGCCAGAGUACUCUACGGCAUACGGAAGUUCUCUUCUACCGUUUUACAUCGCCCAGUAUACCCUGUAAUCUUGCUCAAUGACGGGUCGGUUUCUGAUGCAGGUGAAAAGUGUGACUUGAUGGUGUAUGAUCCUGAAUACAAUCCUCGCCAAUUAUCCUGGGUCGAAGGUGAGCCAGUGAGUGUAAUGGACAUGCUGUUCGAGCAGCUGGAGGGCUGUUAUUCUACGAUUAGGCGUGAUCCUCGGCGGUGGUGGUGA